AUGCAGCGCAGCAGAGCAAGCUGUCCUGGACCAGAAGAAGCAAAGUCGGAGAAAAGGCAGUGGGACCUUCUGCACGGUUCGGAACUUGACAGAUCCGCAUCACCCGUGUCUGUGGGCUCCUCUGUGCUGGAGGACGCCGAGGGUUCGCCGAGCAAAUCUGCUCCACCUGGCGCUGCAGAGGCUAUGCAGGGAGCACAUAGGAUGGCAACCGGACAUUUGAACCCUUCCCUGCCCCUGGCCCGCUCCUUGAUCCAGCUCGGGCACGAAGUUCACUACUUGUCUCGGGAGGCAGUUCGAGCUGCAAUUGAGAAAACGGGUGCAAGCUUCACCGAUGCUGCUGAGGAGCAAGUGGAGCUUUAUGAGAAUCGCGAGCAGGACAUUAUGGGCGCAUUCCGCACAGUGGCAAGGGAGCAUGGCAUGGAAGACGCACCCAUGAUGGUUGGCAUCACCACCAUCUCUCCCAUUCAUCUGGAACUUCAGCUGCCUGGGACCAUCCGCUGGCUGCAGCGAUUGCAGCCACACGUGGUGCUGUUCUGUCCGAUGAUGAAUGCGGAGGCUGUUUAUGCCGCCAAGACCCUCCAGAUACCUUCAGUAGGCCUGUGGACUUUUGCGGGUCCCGGUGGCAUGAUCGGCGUCUUGGACAUGUUCGUGAAACAAUCCGGAAUUCCCAUGGAAGAGGUUAUGGCGCGAGUCGAGGCAUUUCAGCCGAUGAAGGACUGCAUGGCGAGGCUGAAGGAAAACUACAAUAUCACGUACGACUUCAGGAAGUCCAUGUCGCCAAUGGGCUUCCUAAGCACGAUGUGCGAAGCAAACGUCAAUUUGAUCACCACAGCCGAAGAGUUCCAAGAUCCGUUUCCCAGCGAGUUGUCUCGGGCUUAUAUGGAGGCCGGGGCGAAGUUUGAGUAUGUCGGUCCUUUGUUGGAAGAUGAUGUUCCGGAGCUCGAGCUUGAGGCCCAGAAGGCCAUGAAGGCCGUGGCUGAGGCCCGUUCUGUGGGCCGCAAGGUGGUGCUCGCCAGCAUGGGCACCAUCUUAGUUUCGGACACGGAUGCUGUGGGUUGGCGUGACGUGCCACGGGACGGCUCAGAGCAACCCCGUGGGCUGACCGGCAAGCAACUGUGUCAGGCAGCUUGGAGUGGAGUCUUCGAUGCCUUCGGUGCUGCCGAUGAUUCUUCUCAGGCCCCGCUGCUGAUAGUCGCCGUUGGUCGGCAGCCAGAUGCGCUGACCGACGUAGACAUCCCCAGAAACGCUCUCUGCUUGCCGGUUCUUCCUCAAGUUCCACUGUUGAAAUCAGGCGUGAACUUGUUCUUGACCCACGGCGGCCAGAACAGCUUCAUGGAGUCCCUGUCUGCUGGGGUGCCAGUGGUGGUUUGCCCUGGCUUCGGGGAUCAAGCGGUUAACGCAAUGAAGGCUGAGGCGAUGGGAGUAGGCCUUCAGGUGCAGAGGCCAGUUCCAGAACAUGGAGAGGAAAUGACUGCCAUCGCCAGCUACCGUGCGGAAGUUUGUGCUGCUUUGGUCAGGGCUUUGCAGGAACCUCAGUUUGCCGAGAAAGCGCAGCACUGCAAGGAGUGUCUGCGAAACGCCGGCGGGAUUUGCAAAGCCAGAGAGCUUCUGUUCGGGCUCGUCGGCCAGUCCUUCCCCAAGCUCCUCGGACACGCCCCUCCGGUUUUACCUACAAGCACAAAGGAGCCAGAUGCGCCCUGCACGAAGUCACUUCCAGCUGAGAACUCUGCACCUUAG